CAAAACGGUUUCUCUUCUUCUUCACGUGCAUCAAAAUGGCGGACGCUGUCUCUUUCAAUAACGAUAACUUCAAUAACGUUCCACCGCCUUCGGGAACUGCGGUAGAUCCAAGUUCAGCUUUUGCUGACGCAUUGAAAAGAGCUAAAGAGAUUGCCGCUCGGAUGGGAUCAAGUAGCGCCGCGGCGGCUGAGAGUUCGGCGGAACAAGAAAUUGGUAAGAAGAGAGCAUUCGAGUUUGACGGUGGUAUUGAAGAAAUCCCCAUGAAAAAACCAGCGAUGGAAGCUCCUAUGGAUGGAAAAGAUCCAAAAUCAAUUGCUAUGCAAGUGGCUGCAAGUUUGGCACAAAGAGCUGGUCUUGGAUCAUUAGUAGCAGAGGAAAUGAAAAUUCCAAACAGAUUUGUUGGAUUAAUUAUUGGACGUGGUGGAGAACAGAUUAACAAACUUCAGUCAGAAACUGGUGCCAAAAUACAAGUUGCUCCUGAUCCUCCUCCUGGUCAGAUGCCGCCUCCAGAUCGUCAUGUCUCUAUAAAUGGAACACGCGAAGCUGUGGAGAAGGCAAGAAAUUUGUUAAACAAAAUAUGUGAGGAUGGAAAGAUUCCAGAAUCUUUGAUGUCAUCACCAGUUGUUGCCCCAGGUGAACAAGUCAUUGAAAUGAUGAUACCUGCCAGUAAAGUGGGACUUAUUAUUGGAAAAGGAGGCGAGACCAUUAAGGCUCUUCAGGAGAGAGCACAGUGUCGUAUGAUGAUGAUUCAGGAUGGCCAAUAUCUAAAUGCUCCAGAGAAACCUCUGAGAAUCAUGGGAGAUGCCAUGAGAACGCAAAGAGGAAAGGAUCUCGUACAAGAUUUACUUACUGAGAAAGAGCUUGAGGUCAGUGGGCAAGGGACAAACAGGAAUUGGCAGCAAAACAUGCCAGGAUCAGACUAUAAAGGAAAUAGACAUCAGAUGGACAGAAAUCAGCCUGGUAUGCAGCAGAUUGAGAUUCCUGUUCCUCGAGAGAUUGUGGGUUUUGUUAUUGGAAAGAGCGGUGAAACCAUCAAAAGAAUACAAGCUGAAACCAGAGCAAAAGUUCAAUUCAAUAUGAAGGACAACUCUAAUGCUCCUGAACGAAUGGCAACUGUCCAAGGAACACCAGAGCAGGUGCAAAAAGUCCAGGCCAUGAUUCAAGAAAUAAUGGAACAGUCUCGACAGCGAGGAGGUCCCCCCCCCAGAGGUCCCCCAGCCAAUAUGCCUGGAGUAACCUCAGUUGAAUACCCAGUACCAGGAAAUAAAUGUGGCCUGAUAAUUGGAAAAGGAGGAGAAACCAUCCGAGGGAUUAUAAACAUGUCUGGUGCACAUGUAGAAUUAAACAGAACUAUUCCUGAAAGCUCUCCAACAAAGAGCUUUAUAAUUCGAGGUACCGAGCAGCAGAUACAACAUGCCCAACAGAUGAUCAGGGAUAAGAUAGAAAGUGAAAGGGGAGGGGGAGGAAACUACAAUCAAGGACAAAACUGGAACCAGCCUGGCUGGAACCAACAACAACAGCAGCCACAUCAGCAGCAACAGCAAGGCUGGUCACAGUAUGGUCAGUAUGGUCAACAGCAGCAGUAUGGACAGCAGCCUCAACAACAACCAGGACAGCAAUAUGGACAACAACAACAACAACAGCAGUAUGGUCAGCAACCACCACAGCAACAAGGCCAACAGCAAGGCCAGCAACCUGGUCAGGGUCAAGGCCAGGCAGAUUAUUCUGCAGCUUGGGCAGCAUACUAUCAACAACUCUACCAGCAACAGGCAGUAAUGGCUGCCGGACAGGCACCAGGUCAACCAGCAGGGCAGGGGGGGCAGCCUGAUUACACACAAGCAUGGGCAGAGUUCUACAGACAGCAGGGUUACUACUACCCCUACCAACAAGCUGGACAGCCUCAACAACCAGGAGUACCUGGACAACAGCCACAACAGCAGCAGCAACAACAACCACCACAACAAGGACCUGCUGGUGGACAGCCAGGGGGACCUCCACCAGGGCCCCCUGGGGGACAACAGGGCCAGUAAUAGGACCAUAAGUUGUAAAGGAAGAGAAGUAGAGGUGUCUUCAGGAAAGCUGUUUCUGCUAGGAAGAUUUCUUUUUUACAAAGGAUUUUGGUGUUCUACCCUUAACAUCGAUUUCCUAUCGGCCUAUGUAAUAUGUUUCCUAUCGGCCUAUGUAAUAGUUAUUUUGAUUUUUAGUUUGAAUUGCAUUUGUAGUCCGCUAUCAUUUAUGCUAUGAGUUUGUAAACUUAUAUGAAUUUACAGGAUAGGACACGAAGUAAUCCAAAUGGGCGUGGCAUUAAAGGACACAUUUUAUUUGUUGUGUGCAUUUGUUUUAAUUCUACCAUUGCUGUUUUUGACUUCACUGAAAUAAAUCUGCAGGUCCAGUGUUGGAUGAAGCUUUUGCUAUCGUAGUUGUACAGGGCUGUGCUUGAUUUAUAGGGUCAAAUAUAGAAUGGUAUCUAAUAUUAUUAUUAGUAGGAUUUUUCAAAGAAAAGCUGUCACAUAUGAAGGUUUUCUCUGCUUUGACUCUUGUCGUCAUUGCUUUUAAAGUCAUUGAAAUUUUUAACUUAUGCACAGUUGCCAGUGCCUGCUCUUUAGAUGUAUGCUUGUAUUCAAACCUGUUAUAUAUUUUGUGAUUGUUGAUACUAAAAUCAUGAUAAGCUUUGUCAAGUUACAGUGUAUUUGAUUCAUUGUUUGCAUGUGGUAUAUGUUUCUCUUGACAUUUCACAGAAGCAGAUUUCAGACAGUCUUUAUCAUGUCUUUCGUAGUCUCAGUUGACCUCAGGUUGGCUAUCUAUUAACCCCUCCUCGUCUUUCCACGUACUGUUUUUACUCAAAUUAAAACAGAAUACAAAACAAAACCUCUUUUUAUAAGUUGUAUUCAUGUAUUGUUGAUUCUUAAAUUGCAUUGCUCUUCUAUAACUGCUUAAAUUUUUGCCGUCACAAAUUGAUCUGCUAUGGUCAUCUUGGUGGGGCCACCAGGGACUGGUGUUGUCACAAUACAAAACAGAAGAUGGCCUGUGUCUCCUUAAAGUAGGAGCUAUUUUUGAUGUGGUCAGGAAAAUCAACAGCUAAUCAUUAUCAUGGUUAUUUGUUAGUACUAUCUAUUUUUGAAGCUUUCGUGAAGGAUUGAUAAACAUGUUACGUCACAACGACUUAGUCUUUUAAGGUUUGUCAUGCGCUUGUAUGGUUUGGUUGAAUAACCAUGUUGCUUUUCAGACUGAAACCAGUAGGCUAGGGAGAAAAGUUGUACAUUUGUAGUGAAGCCAGUGGAAACGGUAGAGUUCAUAGCUGGCUCUGAAAGUUUCUUACUCAGUUUAAAGUUAUACCUUUAGUUUUUUUCUGGUGUUUUUCAUUGUUGUUUGUAGUUACUUGGAUCAUUGUAUCUCAGUUGCAUGAAUUGUUGUUUGGUUCAACAACGUUGUUUUUCAGAGGCAGAGAAAAUGUACACACCAACAGUAAGCUUGUUGUUGAAAGUGAUUCUUUCAUUGCAGAAUUUUAUUUAAUCUUGAAAAGAAUGUUAUUGUGUCCUCUGGUUUGCCAUGUCUUUGUUCUGUUGAUUGUAGAACUCUCUUUUGAUAUCAGCAUCAUUUCCUGUUUUACUAUUAGACCUUUUUGACAGUCAUUCAACUAUCUUUUUCUUGUUUGAGUUGUUAGCUGUUUUCCCAAACGUUGUGUUUUCUUGAGUGAAUAGUGUUAUUUUCCAGACCUGCUCAAGCAUUGGCAAAGAGUAUUCCUCUCCAAGCUGAGUAAGCUGUUGCUGUUUUUGUCAAUCUCAGUUAUAUUCUUAUUGCAAUUUACCACUACUGGCGAGUGGUGGGCUGUGCAUGCCUUCGUAUACAGUCUUUCUUAAUUGGUUUUGGUUGCCCUUCCAUGUUGGUACAUUGUGAAUUGCUAGAGUAAUUCUUACCAAAAUGUUAACUUUGCCGUCCACUGAAUGCUUGAUAGUAGUUAUAAGGCUGUUAUUCCUGAUUUUGCUUCACUUUAACAUCGUGCGAUGUGCUGUUUGAUCAGUUACUUAAAUCGAUUUGUAGUUUGAAUUUGACAUCUUGAACUCCAUAAAGUUUGGUUCAGUUGUUGCAUAAAUCUUGCAUUCACUGAGUAAAUGGUGUUGGCAAGAGCAUAUUCUCUCCAACAGUAAGCUUUGAAAGGUUGAUGACGUGCCCAACAUCUCUUGCUAUGGGAAGGAAUCAAAGGAUCUGGUUUGACGUAACAGUGCGUUGUACAAUUAAAUUCAGUUGGUGUUACCGCCUUUAUUUUGCUAAUUGCUAUAUUUUUGCGAUGAUUGUUUAGUCAUUUUGAAUGAUGUUUUUUACUAUAGAAACUUCAAAUUUUUUGCAGUUAUGUUCAUUUGUAACGUAUAGUUAUUAAGGAUGCCAUUUUAAUUGUAUAAGCUUUACCUUUCUGUAGCACUGGUUCAUUUUUAAAUUACGCACACACGAGUUGACUAAUAUUGCUAUUUUGCAGAAUGAGCUCGAGCUCUUCGACGCCUUGAGUAAGCUUUGAGCGAUAGUUUAUAUUUAUGAUUAUCUUUUACCGAUAAAAUUCAUCCGAUGUUUCUCGUCUUACUGAUAUCUUAUUUCGUCGCCCCUGUUUCUACAUUUAGCUUUAUGAUGGUGCAUUUUUUUGUGGUUUCAUCCAUGAUUCUCAUUACUAAAAUGUUUACAGUUUCCCAGCCUGCUCUGCAGGCGUAAUUUGGGCGAGCCGGGUGCUCAGUAUUUUGUUUUAGCGAAAAAUGGCUGCCAUCUUUGAUUUUAAUGGCAGCGAAAGGCUGGGGAGAGAAAGGAAUUUGUACCAAAGGGGCGAGUGACGGUCAAAAAUAAAGUGGGGCCGGGGUGGGUCCCUCCCCCGCCCCUAACCCCCACCGUCCACUUAGACUCUAACAUUGCGUUCGUAUAAAUGAUCACGAGCUUAUAACGUUUACUUGCCCUGAUAAGAAGCCUGCACUGCAGGCUAAAAGUUUCCCUUGAAGUUUUCCUCAUGUACUUCAGUAGUAUACCAAGACUACUACGGCAUUCCCGCUAUACUACUUACUUCUAUUAACCUGUGUGAGUUAUUACGUCAAUUAACUUACAGAAAAUUCUCUAUCUGGCAAGAUUUCAUGCUCAUUUUGUAUCUUGUAUUCUUAUCAAGAAAAAGGUGUUGAGUCAACGUGUGUUGUGUGGUUUUGGAUUUUUGGCUCUAUGAUCUGCCAUUCUUGCAGCAUUUGACUGAUCUGUUUUACUCAUUAUUGUGAAUGAAUAGUGUUCUUUUACAGACUAAUUUAGCAUCGGCAAGAGCCUGCUUCUUCAACAGUAAGCCUCUAGAUAACGUUUUGUUUAUCUCUUGAUUUAUAAAUUAUACUCCAUUUACUUAACGGCAGGAAUUGAUAUUUAAUUGGUAUUUUAGUGUAGUAUUUGUUGGAGAAAGGAAGAAGAUUGUCUUCUAUUGUUACUAAUAUCGCCAAACAAAUAAAGGAUUGGUGUAAAAGCGAGGGUAGAGUCACUGUUCUCAGGGGGGAAAAACCAUUCGGCAAAUCAGUGGGACUAGCAAGGAGCACGUUUCGGACAGCAGUAAGGUACUGGAUCGUUAGGAGAGAAGAAUCAUUUUGAGGAACAAGUUACUCUCAUUUUUAUGUCUUCGUGAUUUGUUUCUUAAAAGUUGAUAGUUUACACUGUUUACAGAGUUAGCAGGAAAAGGGUCCAGUGCUAUGGGCUUGGCUGCGUGUGCAGUCCAUCCUGGUCAGAGGUGCGCUUAAGUAUUUCGUAAUGGUUGACUAGAAACGUUUAAUCACGUUUGAUAUUUUUGGCGUUUCUGGGUCUAUUUCUUCGUUUUAUUUCUCUAUGUUAACGUUUUUACUUUUGUUGCGCUUUCGAUUUUAAAUUUGGUUAGUAUUAUCAUUUCCUAUUUGAGCCUGUUACGUUCAGGUAGUAACACGAAGUGCUAUAGUAACCUACACUUUUGUAGCGGAGGAGUGGAAAACAAUGGUGACUGGGUCGGGUCGCGUAAUGAACCCGACCCGACCCGACCCAAGCCAUUGCGUCGUUUGCAAUUGCGCUCCGGUUUGCUAACUGAACGUUUAAAAAAAAAAACUGAUAACUUUUUACAACUAAAUUCUGGAUAAUAAAAUGAACAAAUGUUUUGAAGCGCGGCAGUCCUCUCGGCAAGCAUCGUUAUUUUUUAAACUAAGUAAAUCCCUAGUCUUCGUCUCGACGUAGGUUAGCAGUGAUUGAUAGUUGAUGAGAAGUAGGGUACAGUCAAUGUCAUGCUUCAUUUUAAUAGAGAUGCGUUAUUGACCAGGCGUGAGGUCAAGAUGGCUGGAUAUCUGCAAAAAA